CCUGGUUAAAUAAAGGUGUUCUCAACUAGCUUACCUGGUUAAAUAAAGGUGAAAUUAAAAUAAAUAAAAAGAAUGACAAAGCAAUGAGGAGACAACAACACAUGGAGAAGAAAACCUAAUUUGUGUUAAAUAUGGAUCUCUUUUUGUGCUCUCUUUUAUUUAUAAAGCAUAUUUUGAUAAUAAUCCAAAUAAUAUUUCGUACUAUGAAACGAUUAUGAUAUUGACCAAUAAAAUAUAACAUUCAUUUCCAGAAAUACAAUAUUAUCAUUGGGCUGACCAGGACAUGGUGAGUGUACAGGCUAAUGUUCAAGAUAGGCUAUCAGUUGUGUGUAAUGAACGUUAGCCUAUUACAUAAAGUUAUUAUUAUGAACUGAAGUGAAUUAUAUGAAAUAUUAGCAUCCUUUAUAUUAGCCUACUUGAAUAGGUGUUUAUCAUGUUUCCGUUAUUAAUAUGAAUAAUGAGGUCUCCUGAGUCACAGUCAGACAGAAAGAAUUAGCAGACAAAGCUUCACGAGUCCAUAAUAGUUAGAUGUGUUCUGGCUCUAGGGCUGGGAGGGCUAGUAGUUAGAAUUGUGUUCUGCAGAGGUUUCACGCUAAUUAGUCCAGUUCAAUGGCUUUAAGCAUGAGCGGUUGAACUCGUGACGGUCAUAAGAAUUAUUUUCCUCCCCUCAUAGAUCUAACCCUUUCUCAAGUCAGAGAUUUAAGUUUUUAAAAAGUGAGACUGAGAACAUUGGGAAACAGUGUUGCGAAGCAAUUUAGAAGGAUCGGACCCUUUCACAAUCUACGUAAUUAUCCACUUUAGGUAAGACGAUGUUUAUUUUUUAUUUUUUUUAAAAUGCAGACCAAACACUGACAGCCUUGAUGCACAGGUCCUUCAGUUAUUCUAUUCAAAUAUAUCUUUUUUUUUUUUUUUAAUUAUGACAUUUUCUAAAUGAUCAAUUGUCUCUGGAUUUACAGAGCCUAUGCAUAUAUUAUGCUUGAUGGACUAAGAUAUUUAUCACAAUUCAAAUCAAUAUAGUUGUAUUAAUUGCAUUGCUACAACAACAAAAAUAACACUACAACAACCUGUCCUUUGAUUUUCCUGCCAUCUUGUUGGAAGUGGUCUGAGUGGAAAGUACAAUGUUUCUCCCUGACACUAUUUUUGUUUGUUUCAGAUUUGACACUAUAUGCAUAGGCCUACAAAAAUCACAUAAAUGAUCUCAUCUGAUGUGUUAAAAAUUGCUUUGAAAUGGAGUGUGAAAUACAUGUGUACAUUUCAGGGACAAAUGCAGAAUCUACCAGUCUCAUACUAGACCAAUUGUUCACAUUAUGUCAUUGAUAUUGCUAUUAACAUGUAAUAACCAUAUCCUGUAGUUUAUAGCCCAACGGUAUUCCUCAGGUGUAGUCACUGGAUGGUUCAAAGAGAUGCCUCGCGGUGACUUCAAUGUUUAUUUUGCAAGCAGAGGAGGACCCCAUGUCAGGACCGAAGUGGCAGCAGGCAUAGCUCUGUUGGUCUUCAUACUUGCAGCCCUUCUCAUCCUCGGAUGCUGGUAUUUUAGGAGAUGUGGGUACAAAAUGAUUCGGAGCCCAAGAUCAGGGUCCCUGCCAGGAUUCAGUGGAAGACAGUUCAACGAGGGAGGAGCCACAGCAGAAAACAAGAUGGGCCUCAGUGACCUCCGACCUUUGGUUCCCAAUGCCAAUCCUGCAUAUGAGACGAUAUCAUCAGGACCCCUACCUCCUCCCUCCUCCCCCUAAUAACAACAGUCCUCUGUGGAUAACCAAAAAGAUAAACUAUGAACUUAAUGUGUUGUCUUAUUUAAACUCUAUAUCAAUGAAGAAAAAGCUUUUGAUGAAAAUACUAUUAGCAGUCUAUAUUUACAAUUACACAAUUUACCAUAUUUUACUUGUGUUUUUUUUAUUUUACUAUCUUGUAUUAUUUAUUUUUUUAUGUGUAUUUCUCCAUAACUUGUUUUGUGUGUUAUGUGUUCCUCAAGGUUAUAUUUCUGAAGGUUGCUCAGCAAACAAGACCCUUCUAUCAAUACUUGAAUAACAGUAUAUUAAUCGAUUACAACAAAGUCGUACUUAGGAAAUUGCUUGUUCAUUUAAGAUAACCAACGUAAAAAAAAAAAGUAUAUCUGCAAUUGAGAAUCUAUAGUAAUUUAAAGACAAUAACUUGGGCUUGAUCGUUGUUAUUUCAACAUGUACUUAUGAAGGGAUUUCAAAAGGACGGAAUGGUUAUCCCCUAUAAAAUCAGACACAUUUCAAUAAAAAUAUAAAGUUUA